AUGCUCAGAUGCACCUGUGGCGCUGCGCUAUCUCGUCGAGCAUGCGCCACGAAGCUCACAGGCGCCCGCGAGCUCUCGACGGCGCUUCAGGUGACCGAUCCUCUGGUCAUCUAUCAGCAGAUGGUCCGAUCAGGAAAGCUGCGGCAAGAUGAGCAGCAGAUCAGGGCGCUGGCCGAGAUCAGGAAAGUCACGCAGCGGCUGAUGGACUAUCGGCCGCCGUUGCAUCUGCUCAUGUUGCUCGACUCUAUGCCGACGACUUCGAAAGCACCCAGCGACCGAUCUGGCGCAUUCUGGGGUUUGUCCGACGAGGAGACCCAGACUGAGUCCCGUCUGAUAGAGAGCAUGAGUCUCAAGCAGCGGCAGAGAGCGCUCGUCAAGGUCUUCAACGCGCACGAAUCGGACGACGACGAGACGCCCAAAGGCUUCCUGCUCACCGGUCCACCAGGAACGGGCAAAUCGAUGAUGUUGGACCUUUUCUUCGCCUCCCUACCUACACCUCAUAAAAUAAGACGACACUACCACCACUUCUUGCUCUCGCUCUACCAUCGCGUGUUCCAGGAUCUGCAGAAGAAGCAGCUCUCGAUGGAUGUUGAGGAAGCGCGAAUGAACGAAACCGCAACAGCCGAGGGAGGCUAUCCUUGGUCAAGACGGGAGGAGAUGAAGGCGCUCGCCAUCACCAAAGGCUGGCGAUCCGUCUUCGCAGGCGGUCUCGAUCCCAACGAUCCCCGCCUGCAGCGCGAGUUCGUGCUGGCCACCAUAGCCCGCGAUCUCAUCCGGGAUGAAGGUUUCAUUUUAGCAUUCGAUGAAGUACAGCUGGUAGAUGUAGCAGGCGCAGGUCUACUGCGACGAGUGAUAGACUACUACUGGCGUCUCGGCGGCGUCGUCGUCGGCACAUCCAAUCGACUGCCAGAAGAUCUUUACCAACAGGGCGUACAGCGCGAUCAGAUACAAGCAUUCCUAUCUGCACUACAGAUCAAGUGUCCCGUCAUCGAGCUCCGAUCCUCCACAGACUGGCGGCGAGAAAGGCGAACAGAGGAAGAUGCUGAAGCUGCCAAAGAGAGUGUCUGGCAGGAAAAGACGUGGUAUCUGCCUGCCGAGAGGGACCAUUUCGAGACAGCCGUCAGAACAGUCGUGCACGAUCCAUCGCGAGGCGGCGAGGACGUCUUCAAAGUCUACGGUCGCCGAGUCGUCGUUCCCUGGGCGCAUGAAGGCGUUGCUCGAUUCACAUGGGCAGAUCUUUGCCUGCGCGCUCUCGGACCCGCCGAUUAUCUGUCGCUUGCGAGCCGCUAUCACACUUUUAUCAUCGACGAGGUGCCCACCAUCCCAGUAGCAGCAAAGAAUGAAGCCAGAAGAUUCAUCACGCUCCUCGAUUCGCUCUACGAGACCAAAGUGCGCUUGAUCUGUAGUGCAGCCGCGGAGAUCGACAGUCUCUUCUUUCCUGAUGCGCAAAAGUAUCAGGGGCGCAAGAGGCAGGCGGAUUUGCUCGGGCUAGAUGAUGUGUUGACUUCCUCGGGUAAUGACCACCCUUUCUCCUCUGAUCGCAUUUACGAAGGCGACACGCAAGCAGAAGAAGCCCAGCGCACGCUCGAUUCCGUAACACAGGAAAUGAUAUCAGAAGUCGCUCAAGAUCUCGAGGCGCCCUACCGACCCAAUGUCGCCUCAUACGAUCAGACAGCGCAGACGAGGUCUUAUGACAAAGCGCAAGUACUGGCAGAGACGCUCAGACCAGCAUUGCAAUUCAGUCAGCCCCAAGUGCCGCAUCCUUCUGCGGCUGCGCCGGCAUUCCAAGACCUGAGUAUCUUCACCGGUCAGGACGAACGCUUUAGCUUCCAGCGAGCGGUCAGUAGACUCCACGAGCUCACCUCGCCGGAAUAUCUGCGAUCGGCUGUACAUGCACCCAUGCCGCCGAGCGCUCGCAGCUGGGAAAAAGAAGUCGACGCGUUGCUGACCAAGCCCACACGCAAGCCUAUGGAGCCGAUCGGGUCGAUUGGGCCCGUUGUCGAAGUAGGCACGGGGAAGUAUCAGCUGCCUGCUUCUGCAGAUCACCUCACGCCCGAUAGCAUCAAGCUACGCUUCCCAGAUGGCAUGCCUGACCAUCCAACAGUACAGGUCAGACGGCGAAAGUCCGAUGGGCCCGAUCCGACGCUGACGGAUAUGCGCGAUACGCACGCGCUCGAGAAACCAGUCUUGUCGCCUGUGCAUGCUUGGGGAGUGGCAGAUUGGGGCAAAGGUAGCGGGAAAUGGGGCAAGGGAGCGAGCGCGAAAGAGCCAAAGGGAGAACGCUAG